GUGAUACUUUACCCCAAUCACCACAACCACACAUACCCUCCUCUCUUCUUCUACACUCCCAAUCCAAUUACAAAACUUGACCAACACACUCACAACACUCUCAUCCUUCUAAACUCUAAGCAACUCUCAAUUCAAUAAACAAAAUGGCUACUAAGCUCUGUGAUUCUUGCAAGUCAACAAAGGCAACACUAUUCUGCCGUUCUGAUUCAGCUUUCCUCUGUCUAACCUGUGAUUCAAACAUCCAUGCCGCCAACAAACUCGCCUCCCGCCACCACCGUGUCACACUCUGCCAAGUUUGUGAACAAGCUCCGGCUCACGUCACCUGCAAAGCCGACGCAGCUGUUCUAUGUAUCUCCUGUGAUCAUGAUAUCCACUCUGCUAACCCCCUAGCUCGUCGCCACGAACGUGUCCCCCUCACCACCACCUUCAACCACCAGAACAGCCAGCAACAAUCAUUCUUCUCUGAAAAUGAUCACGACGCCACCACGGAAGAAGCAGAAGCUGCUUCCUGGCUUCUCCAAACUCCUUCAAACCCUAAAUUCCCUGAUCUCAAUUACUCUCACUACUCGUACCCCGAAAUCGAUGAUUUCGUCACUGUCAACACUAAAACAGACUUGCCAGAGCAAAACAGUCCCGGCACCACCGCAGAUGGCGUCGUUCCGGUGCAGUCUCAUAGCAAAACCGCCACCGAACACGAACAUGAACACUACUCAGAUAUCAACAUCGAUUUCUCCAACUCAAAACCUUUCACUUACAAUUUCAAUCACACCGUAUCUUCACCGUCGAUGGAUGUUGGAGUUGUGCCGGACGGAAACGUGAUGACGGAGAUAUCGUACUGCAGUUACCAAACAACGGCGACGGAGACGGCGCCGAUGACGGUGGCGGUUCCGAUGACGGCGGUGGAAAGAGAAGCUAGGGUUAUGAGGUACAGAGAGAAGAGAAAGAAUAGAAGAUUCGAGAAGACUAUUCGCUACGCUUCGAGAAAAGCUUAUGCAGAAACUAGACCUAGAAUUAAAGGAAGGUUUGCGAAACGAUCAGAUUUAAAUAUGAAUUUAAUUGCAGAGGAUGAAUACGGCGUCGUUCCUUCCUGUUGAAGUUCACCGGAUCUGACACGUCGAUUAGAAAGGUCGGUCCGUGUUUGAAUGAAUGCUUUCAAGUCUUUCUCGAGUAUCUUGAAUUUUCAUUAACCUUAUGAAUUAAUAUUAAAAUGUAAUGUAAUACGAUGUUAUGUAUAUGUACGUUUUACAGUUUAGUUAGUUUUACGAGACUUCUGUAUAUAUUUUUUGUUCCAAUGUUAAAAGAUAUGUAUUAUGUAAUGCUAUGUUUAUUGAA